CACUCACAAUCCACAUCACACCUCUUUCUCUCUCAAACAUGCCUGGACUUCUCAAUUUUCCAACGUUUCCUGAGGGUGUGCCGACACAUCCCCUCCUGAUCAUUGACUAUGCUUUACUUGAGGCCGGUGAUGAGGGUGAGAUUGACCGGCUCUGGCAGGCCGCCACAGAGCUCGGCUUUUGGUACCUGAAGAACCAUGGCCUUGAUGCGGAAGUCAAUGCCAUGUUCGAUCUUGGCGCACAGACAUUUGCGCUACCUUCCGAGGACAAAGUACCGUACAGCUAUCAGGAGGAUGGGAGUUCGUUCGGCUACAAAGCCAUGGGCUCGUGUGUAAUUGACGAGAAAGGAACAAGGGACACGACUGAAGCUAUGGAUGUCUCCCAGGACGACGUCCUGGCUUACCCUAUCAAGGUCCACCAAGCCUAUCCGGUCACUAUCGGUGCUGGUAUAGACUCGACCGUCAGGCCGUUCGUUGUCAAGUCGAUGGACAUCAACUUGCACAUUCUGAGCAUCAUGGACGGAAAACUAGGGCUACUUAAAGGGACACUCGCGAGCCUCUGCAAACCCGAGGAUCAGAGCGGCAGCACGCUGCGGUUGAUCCGGAACCCUCCCGCCAUUACUCCCUCUGCGCAGACGUUCGUGGGGGCACAUACGGACUUUGGUGCCCUUACUAUCUUGCACAAUCGCCUCGGUGGCUUGCAAGUUCUCGUCCCCGGACAGGAAGAUUGGCAGUUUGUGAAGCCGCUAGAAGGCCAUGCUAUCUGCAACGUCGGGGAUGCCUUGAAUAUUUUCAGCGGUGGUAUCAUGCGCUCGAAUAUUCAUCGCGUGGUCCCACCUCCGAAGGAACAGGCGAAGCUCGAGCGUUGGUCCCUUGUGUUCUUCACGAGACCGAGCUACAACACACCCAUGAAAGCCUUGACCGAACAUAGUGCUAUCGUGGCAGAGGCGGUCGUGAAGGCACCUGCAGGCAAGUUCGAUAGCGGAGUGACUGCCGGAGAAUGGCUUGCUCGCCGUAUCCGGGGCACAAGAGCAGCCCAGUACAAAGAUUCGGAGACUUUUAAAGCAGAUUUCAGGGGGACGGAGGACAUUGCAUUGUAAGAUGCCAACUCGUUGUAAUAAUUUCGCUCCUGCUAUACUGUACGCGGGCAUCUAAUUGUAGUGGAACUCAUGAGGUCCUUGACUAGCAACUGAAGACAGCCGGUCCAGGGAUGGUGUAGUUGGUGAGUGGCGGGUAGUAGAUGUCGACCUUGAUGCCCGGGUCAGUGCCAUGAUACGCCCCAGGGAACGACACUGUCGCAGGUGACUUGGCUCCGGAGCCCCCCACGAUGUUCAGCUGUGCGCACUCCAUGUAGAACUGAGCUCCGGGGUAGCUCGACGCAGCAUGUAGCGCGAUGAUCUCGUGCCGCAGGAGGUACUGCCCGCUCGCGAUGCAGCUCGGGAUCUGGAAUGACACCUUGCCCUUGUUCGCGACAAGCCGAUCGACGGCCCACGUCCCGUCCGACACUGUCAGACCAUCCUCAUAGAUCUUGAACCACUGCAGACCCGUUACGGUGCUCUGGGUCGCGUCGGGGAUCUUGGCAAGGUAGGAGAGGAUGGGACCCUUGUGUCCGGGAUCGAUGGGGUCGGCAGGGUCAUUAGCGGUCUGGUUGAGGGUAUGGUGCCACUCGGCUGUAACUGUCGCGCCGGCGGGAACGCUGAUGACGGCGUUGGAGACAGGCUGGUGGUACGGGUUGAUGCCGCCGUUGCAGAUGAUAUCGUUCGACGUCACGUCCGUGAUCGGCCCAUCGUAGUCAGGAGCGCGGAUCCCCGUCAGCUCACCCUGGUCGACGCCGUUGACGUACAGCUUCUGAAAUAUAGUAUGCGCCGAGGCACACCCGGUGAAGACGAGCCCGGCAGCAAGGACGGAGAGCUUCGUCAUAGCAGCAAUGACAGAAAGUGACGAGGGACCACAUCGACGCUCCCUGGCAUUUAUACUUCGCGUUCAUCUAACAUGAAAGGACGUGGUGACGAC